AUGCAUAAUAACCCUCAGGAAACUGAAAGAUUGAUCAGCGAUCCAGUCCCUGGCAUCACUGCCGAACCUCACGAUGAUAACUUACGUUAUUUCAAAGUUAGUAUUGAAGGUCCAGAACAGUCACCAUAUGAAAAAGGUAUUUUUCAGCUAGAACUAUACUUGCCAGAUGAUUACCCAAUGGAAGCUCCAAAAGUGAGGUUUUUAACCAAGAUUUACCACCCAAAUAUUGAUAGAUUGGGCCGUAUAUGUCUCGAUAUUUUGAAGACCAACUGGUCCCCUGCACUACAAAUCAGAACUGUCUUGCUAUCAGUACAAGCAUUACUGGCUAGUCCUAAUCCAAAUGAUCCUCUGGCCAAUGACGUGGCUGAAGAUUGGAUUAAAAAUGAAGAGGGUGCAAAGAAUACUGCCCGUGAAUGGACACUUUUAUAUGCUAAAAAGGAAUAA